AUGGCCAACACCGUGACCCACAGCAUUACCCACACUCUGAGCCACACCAUGAUUCGCAGCAUGUCCCAGACUGUGACCCACAGCAUUACCCACACUCUGACCCACACCAUGAUUCGCAGCAUGUCCCAGACUGUGACCCACAGCAUUACCCACACCAUGACUCGCGGCAUGACUCAGACCUUGGCCCACACCAUGACUCACAGCAUGAUUCAGACCUUGGCCCACACCAUGACUCGCAGCAUGACUCAGACCGUGGCCCACACCAUGACUCGCAGCAUGACUCAAACCGUGGCCCACACCAUGACUCACAGCAUGACUCAGACCGUGGCCCACACCAUGACUCGCAGCAUGACUCAGACCGUGGCCCACACCAUGACUCACAGCAUGACUGAGACCUUGGCCCACACCAUGACUCACAGCAUGACUCAGACCGUGGCCCACACCAUGACUCGCAGCAUGACUCAGACCUUGGCUCACACCAUGACUCACAGCAUGACUCAGACCUUGGCCCACACCAUGACUCACAGCAUGACUCAGACCGUGGCCCACACCAUGACUCGCAACAUGACUCAGACCUUGGCCCACACCAUGACUCGCAGCAUGACUCAGACCUUGGCCCACCCCAUGACUCACAGCAUGACUCAGACCGUGGCCCCCACCAUGACUCGCAGCAUGACUCAGACCGUGGCCCACACCAUGACUCGCAGCAUGACUCAAACCGUGGCCCACACCAUGACUCGCAGCAUGACUCAGACCAUGACUCGCAGCAUGACUCAGACCAUGACUCGCAGCAUGACUCAGACUAUGACUCGCAGCAUGACUCAGACCGUGGCCCACACCGUGACUCGCAGCAUGACUCAGACCAUGGCCCACACCAUGACUCGCAGCAUGACUCAGACCAUGGCCCACACCAUGACUCAGACCAUGGCCCACACCGUGACUCGCAGCAUGACUCAGACCGUGGCCCACACCAUGACUCGCAGCAUGACUCAGACCAUGGCCCACACCAUGACUCGCAGCAUGACUCAGACCAUGGCCCACACCAUGACUCAGACCAUGGCCCACACCGUGACUCGCAGCAUGACUCAGACCGUGGCCCACACCAUGACUCGCAGUAUAACCCAGACCAUGACUCAGACCAUGGCCCACACCAUGACUCGCCGCAUGACCCACACCAUGGCCCACACCAUGACUCAGACCAUGGCCCACACCAUGACUCGCCGCAUGACCCACUCCAUGACUCAGACCAUGACCCACACCAUGACUCGCUGCAUGACCCACACCAUGGCCCACACCAUGACUCGCAGCAUGACUCAGUCCGUGGCCCACACCAUGACUCGCAGCAUGACUCAGACCGUGGCCCACACCAUGACUCGCAGCAUGACUCAGACCGUGGCCCACACCAUGACUCACACCAUGGCCCACACCAUGACUCGCGGCAUGACUCAGACCUUGGCCCACACCAUGACUCACAGCAUGAUUCAGACCUUGGCCCACACCAUGACUCGCAGCAUGACUCAGACCGUGGCCCACACCAUGACUCGCAGCAUGACUCAAACCGUGGCCCACACCAUGACUCACAGCAUGACUCAGACCGUGGCCCACACCAUGACUCGCAGCAUGACUCAGACCGUGGCCCACACCAUGACUCACAGCAUGACUGAGACCUUGGCCCACACCAUGACUCACAGCAUGACUCAGACCGUGGCCCACACCAUGACUCGCAGCAUGACUCAGACCUUGGCUCACACCAUGACUCACAGCAUGACUCAGACCUUGGCCCACACCAUGACUCACAGCAUGACUCAGACCGUGGCCCACACCAUGACUCGCAACAUGACUCAGACCUUGGCCCACACCAUGACUCGCAGCAUGACUCAGACCUUGGCCCACCCCAUGACUCACAGCAUGACUCAGACCGUGGCCCCCACCAUGACUCGCAGCAUGACUCAGACCGUGGCCCACACCAUGACUCGCAGCAUGACUCAAACCGUGGCCCACACCAUGACUCGCAGCAUGACUCAGACCAUGACUCGCAGCAUGACUCAGACCAUGACUCGCAGCAUGACUCAGACUAUGACUCGCAGCAUGACUCAGACCGUGGCCCACACCGUGACUCGCAGCAUGACUCAGACCAUGGCCCACACCAUGACUCGCAGCAUGACUCAGACCAUGGCCCACACCAUGACUCAGACCAUGGCCCACACCGUGACUCGCAGCAUGACUCAGACCGUGGCCCACACCAUGACUCGCAGCAUGACUCAGACCAUGGCCCACACCAUGACUCGCAGCAUGACUCAGACCAUGGCCCACACCAUGACUCAGACCAUGGCCCACACCGUGACUCGCAGCAUGACUCAGACCGUGGCCCACACCAUGACUCGCAGUAUAACCCAGACCAUGACUCAGACCAUGGCCCACACCAUGACUCGCCGCAUGACCCACACCAUGGCCCACACCAUGACUCAGACCAUGGCCCACACCAUGACUCGCCGCAUGACCCACUCCAUGACUCAGACCAUGACCCACACCAUGACUCGCUGCAUGACCCACACCAUGGCCCACACCAUGACUCGCAGCAUGACUCAGUCCGUGGCCCACACCAUGACUCGCAGCAUGACUCAGACCGUGGCCCACACCAUGACUCGCAGCAUGACUCAGACCGUGGCCCACACCAUGACUCAGACCAUGGCCCACACCAUGACUCGCAGCAUGACUCAGUCCGUGGCCCACACCAUGACUCGCAGCAUGACUCAGACCGUGGCCCACACCAUGACUCGCAGCAUGACUCGGACCGUGGCCCACACCAUGACUCGCAGCAUGACUUAG